AUGAGGUCGUGGAUCUCGAGUUUGUGGUCUACGGCUGCGAUUGUUUCUGCUCAAAAGCCGGACCUUGCAUGGUAUCCUCCGAGUAACACAUAUAUAAAUAAUCUAACUAUCGCUCUUCAUGGCGAAGGGGUCUACGGAUUUAUCUUCAACACCUCAGAUACGCCAGAUGCGCAAUACGGGUCGUAUAAUUGGUGCAACAUGCCGCAUGUUCGGAAGACAGAAUACGUCAGCCCGACAAGCGAGUAUCAACUUAUAUACGUCGAAAUAAUUCAACGGCAUCAUAAGCGAACACCGUACGCUAGCAACGCUUUCCCGGUGGAAUCUUACCGUUGGGAUUGCGAUGAUCAAGGUCUCUACUACUACGGUAGCCCCUUCGGAAGCGAGAAUAAACACCCCGCUGAGGUCUUCUGGAAAGGAUAUAUAUCUACAACCAACCCCUUCAAACCCUCUGGUUGGACUGGAACUUGCCAAUUCCCUCAAAUAACUUCCGCGGGGCUCGACGAUUCCUGGAUCCACGGCCGUGAUCUUUACGAGGUUUAUCAUGACCUGCUUGGAUUUAUCCCCUCCAGAAGCGAAGACUGGAGAGCUAGCGUGGUGUACCGUGUUACCCAGAACGUGAUCACGAGUCAGGUCGCCGGCAUGUUGAUUAAUGGGAUGUGGCAGACAACCGAGGCGAUACCGCUGAUUGUCCAAGGAGCCGGGAUUGAUAGCCUUGAACCGCAGUAUAGUUGCAAGGUAGGCAGUGAUCUAUUCGAUACCAUCAAGUCCUCCUCUAAUGCCGCUUGGAAACGCCAUCUGGAAGAUGCUGCCUACUUAUUUGGCAAGCUAGACAGUAUAUCAGGCGUGUCACCAAGCGAUCCUGGAUUCCAUGCAAGUUUUGAUCACUACUUUGAUAAUCUCUCUGCGCGGCAGUGUCACGCCAAACCGCUACCGUGCAAGCUGGAAGGCGGUGUAAACUCGUCCACCUGCGUUGACCAAGCAAUGGCUAACGCUGUGUAUCGCAUUGGGCAGUGGGAGUAUUCGCAGACGUACCGUGACGCCAGCGCUUCGCUUGCCGCGUCUGCUACUACGUACGGUGUAUGGAUUGCUGAACUGAGUAAACAUCUGCGGGAUGCGAUGGCUGGCGAGGGAGGGCCAAUUUACUUCCACAAUAUAGCACAUGAUGGAUCCGUAAGUCGGCUGCUAAGUAUACUACAAAUAGAUAUCAUGGUGUGGCCUGGAAUGGGUAGUGAGGUAGCAUUCGAGUUAUAUAAAAGGCAGGGAAAUGCGACGGUGUCUCGAGAUCCACAUAUGAAACCUAAUGACGAAGCUCGCCAGAUGCCACCAAGAGUAAAAUGCAAUGGCGGGUAUUUUGUAAGGGUCUUGUUCGGAGGUAAGAUUUUCAGGUCCUCUAGCCCUAUCCUCGGUGCGCUGGAUAUGGUGCCGGUAGAGACCUUGCUGGCCUAUUUUGACGGGCUAGUCGGAGCAGAUGCAAGUUUGGUUCAGGGUAAAUGCAACGGUACGCUACCUGUCUAG